CUGGGCCGACUUCGUUGACAAGAAGGUUUAUGAAACUAGUAAGAAAACAUGGACUUUAAAAGGAGAAGAACAAGAGGCUGGAAAGAAGGAGUUUAUAGAAGUCCUAAAGGUGUUAGAAGGUGAACUGGGAGAGAAGCCAUACUUUGGGGGUGAAAAGUUUGGAUUUGUGGAUAUUUCCCUCAUUGGAUUCUACAGCUGGUUUAAUGUGUUUGAGAGCUUUGGCAAUUUCAGCAUAGAAGCUGAGUGUCCCAAGUUGAUUGGUUGGGCUAAGAGGUGCAUGGAGAGGGAGAGUGUCUCCAAGUCUCUUCCUGACCCUCACAAGCUUACCCAGACAGUGAAGCAGUGGUUGGGCAUUGCUUAAUCAUUACUCAUCAACUAAUAUUUCAUCAAUAAAUCUAUGUGCUCGAUCUAUUUUCUUGGGCACAAAUCCAAUCCUAGGUAAUUUAAAUUGUUGUGCAUCUAUUUGAUGUUUGUGUGUUUGUUUUGAAGAAGUUUAUGUUGUUGGUGUUCAAGUGUUUUAUGUGUACUAAAGACACUUGAGUGUGUCUGCUAAAUCGUGUUGGAUUGGAAAUAAUGUUGGUUCUAUUUAUUAUUGA